CACCAAAAUACACUGCACCCGACCCACGAAAAACAUCCCCAAAUAAAAUCACGUUACUCUUUAUUCCGCCGCGUCAUCAACUAAACUAAACCAGGUUUUCAAUUUUGACUUCUCAUUUAAUUCCUCUUCUUUUUUUUAUUCUUUUCUCACCCAUAUAUAAAAACGCGAAAAACCUUAAUUCUCUCAUAUUCUCUCUCCAUUCUCAAAUCUAAUUUCUCUUCACCUAAAUUCACCUUCUUCUCUCUCGCUACAAUGACGGACGCUAAAACUCAAAUGGAAUCUCUCAGGAAAUGGGUCGUUGAACACAAACUCCGCACUGUUGGUUGUUUGUGGCUUAGUGGUAUUUCGGGUUCAAUUGCAUAUAAUUGGUCUCGACCUAACAUGAAAACAAGUGUUAAGAUCAUUCACGCCAGGUUGCAUGCUCAGGCUCUUACACUGGCAGCAUUAGCCGGAGCUGCAGUGGUAGAAUAUUAUGAUCAUAAGAGUGGAGAAAAGGCUGCACAGCUUGCAAGGGAUCCUAGGCAUUGAAUUAAAUGCAGUUAGAGUUCCGGGAAUUCUUUAUUCUAGCUGAUCUUUGUAUCUGACAUAUCACUACUUAGCAUUAGUAGAAUUACAGUCACUGCAAAUUUUGCAAUAUAAUUUUUUGUGGUCAAAUAAAAUACUGGAAUGAAAGUUUUACUUGCUAGGGAGAAUAUAUUUCUUGUUGCUGAUUGCAUCGAAUUUUCUUUAGUACAAUAUCAUCUGUGUUCAUUUUAAGGGGAAAACCAAAUAUCUCAAUUGUUGCUGAGAAAAUCAAAUAUGAUUUGUUAUUUAUGUCGAUGUAAAAUAAAUUGUUUAUUUAUUAAUUGAUGUUUGAUAUUUUUUA